GAAAAGCAUGUCACCCCUCCUCCAUCGUUGGAUUCCGACGAACCCCAUCGAACGGCCACCAUUCGUCCUCAACAACACGUCAGCUAGAGCCACACGACCAACCCCGCCUCAUAGGCCUACCUGCCACGCCCCUUGAUCCAAUCCCAAAAUAAAAUAUAGUGGGCCCACCCCCCACACCCUAUUUAAACACCUCCGCACCCAACGUUCAACUCAGGAAGUCCAUCCCCCAAGCACCCCAAGAUUUCCUCUUCAUUACACGAUCGCCUCUCUCUCUCUCUCUCUCUCUCUCUCUCCCUCUCCCUCUUGGAAUGGAAAUCGCCGGUGAGAAGUCUUCCGUUGCUUGCGGCGGUGAGUACGACCCGCUGAACUGGGGAGCGGCGGCGGAGUCACUGCGCGGGAGCCACCUGGAGGAGGUGAAGAGGAUGGUGGCAGAGUACCGGAAGGCGGUGGUGCGGCUGGGCGGGGAGACGCUGACGGUGGCGAAGGUGGCGGCGAUCGGAGGGGGGAGCGUGAAGGUGGAGCUGGAGGAGACGGCGAGGGCGGGCGUAAAUGCGAGCAGCGAGUGGGUGAUGGAAAGCAUGUGUAAUGGGACGGACAGCUACGGGAUCACCACGGGGUUCGGUGCGACGUCGCAUAGGAGAACCAAAAAUGGCGGUGCCCUUCAGAAGGAGCUUAUUAGAUUUUUGAACGCAGGCAUCUUUGGCAAUGGAACAGAAUCAUGUCACACACUGCCUUACUCGGCUGCAAGAGCAGCCAUGCUAGUGAGAAUCAACACCCUCCUCCAAGGAUAUUCUGGCAUCAGGUUCGAAAUCCUGGAAGCCAUUGCCAAACUCCUCAACCACAACAUCACUCCCUGCCUCCCCCUCCGUGGCACCAUCACCGCCUCGGGAGACCUCGUGCCGCUCUCCUACAUUGCAGGCCUGCUCACUGGCCGCCCCAAUUCCAAGGCCGUCGGACCCUUCGGAGAACCUCUUGAUGCCAGCGAAGCCUUCCGUAUCGCGGGCAUUGAUGGCGGGUUCUUUGAGUUGCAGCCUAAGGAAGGCCUUGCUCUUGUUAAUGGCACUGCAGUUGGUUCCGGGUUGGCAUCUAUGGUCCUUUUCGAGGCAAACAUUCUUGCAGUUCUGUCAGAAGUCUUAUCUGCAGUUUUUGCAGAGGUGAUGCAGGGGAUGCCUGAGUUCACAGAUCACCUCACUCACAAGCUCAAACACCAUCCAGGCCAGAUUGAAGCUGCAGCUAUUAUGGAACACAUUUUGGAUGGAAGCUCUUAUGUUGAAGCAUCCAAAAAGGUACAUGAGGUGGAUUCCAUGCAGAAGCCAAAAAAGGACCGCUACGCCCUCCGAACAUCGCCCCAGUGGCUUGGUCCACAAAUUGAAGUGAUCAGAUCGUCAACCAAGUCGAUUGAGCGGGAGAUCAACUCUGUCAACGAUAACCCGUUGAUUGAUGUUUCAAGGAACAAGGUGUUACAUGGUGGCAACUUCCAAGGAACCCCAAUUGGAGUCUCCAUGGACAACACAUGUUUGGCCAUUGCUUCAAUUGGGAAACUCAUGUUUGCCCAAUUUUCUGAGCUUGUCAAUGACUUCUACAGCAACGGUUUGCCUUCGAAUCUCUCUGGCGGUCGAAACCCAAGCUUAGACUAUGGUUUCAAGGGAGCUGAGAUUGCCAUGGCAUCAUACUGUUCAGAGCUACAAUUUCUGGCAAACCCUGUCACUAACCAUGUGCAGAGUGCUGAGCAGCACAACCAAGAUGUGAAUUCCUUGGGACUAAUCUCUUCAAGAAAGACAGCUGAAGCCGUUGAUAUCUUGAAACUCAUGUCUUCAACUUAUUUAGUUGCAUUAUGUCAGGCUAUAGAUUUGAGGCACUUGGAGGAGAAUUUGAAGAACACAGUUAAGAGCACAGUCAGCCAAGUGGCUAAGAAGACCCUUACUACUGGUGUCAACGGAGAGCUUCACCCAUCCAGGUUCUGCGAGAAGGAUUUGCUAAAAGCUGUGGAUUGGGAAUAUGUGUUCGCAUAUGCUGAUGAUCCCUGCAGUGCCACUUACCCAUUGAUGCAAAAACUGAGGCAAGUUCUUGUGGGGAAUGCAUUGGCAAAUGGUGAAAAUGAGAAGAGUGUGAGUACUUCGAUCUUCCAACAGAUUUCAGCAUUUGAGGAGGAAUUGAAGACCCUUUUGCCCAAGGAAGUUGAGGGUGCAAGGGUUACACUUGAGAGUGGGAACCCAGCUAUCCCAAACCGAAUUAAGGAGUGCCGCUCUUACCCGCUGUACAAGUUUGUGAGGGAGGAUUUGGGAACAGGGUUGCUCACUGGAGAAAAAGUCCGGUCACCAGGCGAGGACUUGGAGAAGGUGUUUUCAGCAAUGUGCGAAGGAAGGAUCAUUGAUCCAUUGCUGGACUGUCUCAAGGAGUGGAAUGGUGCUCCUCUUCCCAUCUGUUAGUACAUUUUUCUUUCAUUAAGCAUUGAAGUUGCAAUUUGAAGGGAUGGCAUGAGGAUGGACCUAAACUACAAGCAAUAUGUGAUGCCUUUGUUUCCUUCUCUAUUUUGGGGGAAAUGACAAAUGGAAUUGAUGGGUUUUUUAUUCAAAUCUGCACGAAGCCAUGGUCAUUAUCCAAAUCUUAUUGUCUUUUUCAUAUCCAUGUGUAUUAAAUCUAAAGAAUAACCAUAAUAUGAAAUGCAAUUUUACCAUUGUUAA